CGAGCACAAGCUUUCGCUUGGACCUUCUUGCACUACAUAGCCAUUCUCAGUAACGACGGGCUUCCAUUCUGCGCUGUAAACGGCUCAGAAUGGUCUCCUUCCAUUGCAACGGAUGUGAUGAUGUUGUAACUAAGCCGAAGCUUAUGGCGCACUGGAACAGAUGUUAUGCCCAAGUUGAUUGCUUAGAUUGUAGCAAGACAUUCAACAACCCCGGGGAGUUCAAAAGUCACACAUCAUGUGUUAGCGAAGCAGAGAAAUACGAGAAAAGCAUGUACAAGGGACCUAAAGCCGGGCCCAAGAACCAUUACCCACCUCCAGAUAGUGCUCCAGCACCCUGCCCCCAAUCGUCGAGAGGUUCUUUCCGUGGCAGGGGUCGAGGAGGCUACAAUAAUGGGUGGGGAAGGCCUCAAAUUCCGGGGACAGGCGCGAACGGUACGCCUUUGGGCACACCGAAAGGCUCUCCACCGCCAGUCGACGCUAUCUCACUACCGCAAAAAAGGAAAGCCGAUAAGAUUGAGCAAACUAAGGUUGAAGUCGAAGACAACGGCGCGAUAUCAAGUACAAAAUCGUCGAAUGGUGACGAGUUGAAGCUCGUGAAGAAGUCCAAGAAGGAGAAGAAGAAUAAAGAGGAGGGAGCAACACGACCAACUACGAACGAUAAGGUGAAGAAGGAAAAGAGGAGCAAGCCCAAAGCUGGCGAGGAGACCGGUGUUGAGGAGCCGAAGACCAAGAAAGAAAAGAAGGAGAAGAACGGAGUCAAGGAAGGCCAGCCCGCGGAGGUGGAGGGCAGGAACGAGGAAAAGCAAAAGGAAAGGAAGGAGAAAAAGGAGAAGAAACAUAAAGUUAAAACGGUUGACGAGUCCUCGAAAAGGAAUGGUGAGGAAGAAACUGCGCCUUCAGCGGAAGACGAGUCAGGGAGUAAGUCAAAGACGGAGAAUCGGAAACACAAAGAGGACCGGAAGGAGGGGAAAAAGUCGAAGAAACGGACGCAUGAUUCGAAGGCGAGGACGGAAACAGAUGCAGAGCUCAAUGCCGUAAAUGUCGACGUUGCAGCUGAGUCGAGGAAGAGGAAGCGUGAGACCAAUGAGGAGGAGCGAAGUCAUCCCGUCGUCGAGGAGAAGGAGAAAAAGAGUAAAAAGGAGAAGAAAAGUAAGGAAGGGAAGGAGGGGAAAGGGCAUAAAAAGCAUCGUCGGUCGAUGGAGGGUGUCGUCGAGUUGGCGCCUCUCGUCGCUGUCGGUGCGUAAUCUCAGUUAAUUGAGCUGGUCUGUGUAUUUUUGGGAUAUUGUAGCCGUUGGGAUACACAGGAUGCACGUUGGGACCAUUGGUAUCUUAUCGCUCUCCACGUGAGCUACCGAUGGUGGACGCGCAAAAUUUAGCUUCCUUCUCAACGUCUUGCGGUGCCAAACAUGUUGAGGUAUUCUAACCGAGUCCGUUAUUAUAACGAAGUAACUCAAACCUAUUACUAUCCACGCCGGCUGACUUUCGACACCAUCAAGCCAGAUUCUCAUGAAAAUCACCAAAAUAUCAAUGUUAAUUAGAAACAACUCAAAAACAAA